GUACUGUUGUAUUCCAUUAUAAGCACUGCUCUGAUCGUGAUUAUGACUUCGUGAGAUUUUGGGGGAACACACUAAAGAUUUAUCCUCGCUCUACUUCCAUUUUGGCUCAGGGUCUUCCGCGAAGCAACUGCCCAUAGCUAUGCUUUUAAAAAGCGCCUAGGCUUUGGAAACCUACAUUCUUUAUCCCUGCUGUGAACCGUUCCCUAUCAUGACGACUCAGUCUAUGAGUACGGUCAAUCAGCAAAUGUGGGACGAAGCACUGAAGUCUAUCUUGAGUCUCUCUAAGGCUACCAUAAAACAUAAUAUGGAGCUGGAAGUUCGUGUCGCUGAUCUUGAAAUGGAACUUUUGGUAUGGAAGCGCGCUCACUCUGUCGCGCUUGAGGCGUCGGAACGUGAUAAUGUACACAUCGCCUCUCUCCAUAAACAAAUCACUAAUCCUGACGGAUCUAGAGAGAAUGGGAACCCACUCGUCCUUUGUGUCAUCAACGGACAGAAGAUAUUCUUCAAUCAAGCACUUCUUAUGCAAGGAUUUAUGGGUGGACAGAAUGCUGCCCAAUAUUUAACGAAAGCUAUCUCUGACUAUCUCACCUCUGAGACUGUUCAGAUCUUCGGUCGUGUCUCAUUCUGGGUCUCGAUUUACUUCAAUAAAAUCGAGCUUGUAAAUACGCUGGUCGGUCAAGACGUAUGUUCUCGAGAACAGCUGGAGGGAUUUUUAGCGGGCUUUAGCGAAGCGUCUCCCCGAUUCACGGCAGUAGACGUUGGGAUAGGAGAAGGUGCGGCUGACCGUAAGAUUAGAGAAUAUAUUCAAACAUACACGCGUCUUCCGGAAACAUUCAAGAUCUUUUUGGGAGGUUGUUAUGAGUCCGAUGCGCGUUAUUCUAGCGCGUUCGAUAACAUACAGUCAGAGAAUCUUCUUGGAAAACUAGUCUUGCUUCGUAGCCUAUUGGAUGACUGUACAGACCAAACGUUCGCUAUCCCGGCGCUCAACGUAGAGAAGCUUUUGGUUCAGCAGCCCCUACACCCUUCAAGGCAACAGCUUACGCCCUUGAGCAUGGCUGCCUCCAUGGAACCAGUUGCAGGCCCGUCACACGGCGGCCUUGUCAGUCCCCAGUCACCUGUAUGCAUCGGGAUGCGCUAUCCCGACCCUAGAUAUCCUUUGCACAAGCAAACCCCACCUCCGUGCAACGAGCACUAUUUAAUGGCUUGCUCGAAGGGGUUUUUCAAGGCUGGGGCCUGCAAGUACUCCCAUGACUAUAUGCUUACGCCCGAACAGUUGGCUAUGCUAGCUGCGAAUGCGAAAAAGGCACCUUGCAACUGGCUUAAGAGUGGAUUGCGAUGCCCCUAUGGGGACUCGUGCUGCUGGGGGCAUGUUUGUCCCAAUGGAAGUCGCUGCUUCCAUUUAAGCAAGGGAAAAUGUUGGUUUAAAGAGGGUAUGCAUAACACUUAAAAUGCCCUUGGCAUCAAGUUGUUUCGAUAUGGAUUGGAUGUCGAUGAAUUUUUUUCAUCAAAUAUCUCUCUUUUGUUGGCUGGAACAUCUUGUACUGGGUUGAUCAAACAUUUCAUUCAUCGAGGCAGCUCUGGUUAUAUUCGCACCGCAUUGUAGUGUCAUUUGUGGCACAUUUGUUUUUCAUAAUAUUUUAUGUACUCGGAUAUACCCUCCAUUAUCCACUUCUUAUUCUAUGUACAAGUACAAAUGUAGCCCAGAUAUACGUGGUGUUUUAUGUAAAUUUUUGUC